GGGGGGUGGCUAUAUCUCCGCCGCUGCCUGAGGAAUGUCAACUAUUCAACAUGGAGACGGCGGUUACCAGGCUUGAGACCAUGGGACGUGCAUAUUAUACAAUGACACUUGCGCUGUGAAGAGCAGUGAGCUCAACUGUCAGAUAAUGCAAGAAAAUGCUGCUGUCUGCUCCUUUCCAGAAGGCAGAAUCUGAUCUGGAUUACAUUCAACACAAAUUGGAGUUUGAAAUAAUGAAAAACCUUCCUGAAAAUCCAUCAGCAGAGGAAAAUCCAGUGACUCUCUUAGAGGAACUCUCAGUGGUGAAGUCACGUUAUAAAAUGUUAUGUACGCAGCUGGAAGAAAUUUCUAUAGAGCAAAGAGAGUCUAUGAGCUGUAUUCAUGCUACUCUAGAAAACACUAUGAAGAUGGUGCAGGUACUACAGCGACAUGCUGAUCUUGAGCUUUCACCUCUGUCUGAAGAAGAACAGACUGCAGCACAACGCUUAGCAUGUAAAACGGUUAAAGGAACAGAUCCACCAGUGGAAGAGCCACUUUGUUCAGUGUCUACAGUUCCUAUUCCAGAUGGGGAACCACAGUUCAAACCAGUGACUAAGGAGAUGUUGAUGGCUGUACCAAAGAUUAUCAGAAGCACUGUUAAAUUAGUGGACCUGAACAGCUUUUACAGGGAACUAUUUAACUACUUUGUUCUAAAUGGGAACAGAGCAGCAUUGAAUGUUGCACAGAUGAACAAGAUGAAUAUGAAAGCCACCAAUUCCCGGCUACAAAUCCUGAAAGAACUUUCCAUUGUAGAAAUUGACAAACAAGGAAAUGCUAAGUUAAUUGUGUAAAUUUAAGCCUAAAUGAACUAAUCAUAUUUUGAUAGAAGGAAUUUGGGUGCAGCUCCUGGUGUAUUGGUAGGCAAAUAGUUCUCUGUUUAUAAAAAUGAUACACAUUGUGAAAAUGUGUUGUUAAUGUGACUGUAUUAGGAUUCUCUUUGUAAUACCCAAUUGUGAAUUAAAAAGCAUAUAUCAA